GUGACUUUCCUUGUUGCCUGGAAACGCCUCCAAACUAAAACCUAGGGCAGUUAGUUACAGAGCGUACUGCAGACAGUUUCAGAUAUUUAAUUAAAGUCAGGGUUAAUUUUAAACUUUAGUUUAGUAAAUUUAAGCUCUUUCAGGUUUUCCAAACUAGCAGGUAGAAAAGCAGAGCCUCGGAUGGUUUAACAGCAGAAAUGUCAGACGAAAACAAAGGCUCUGUUGGUGAGGAGGCUGAGGACACACGGUCAGCUUCACAGCAGGAAGACGGUGAUCCUGAAAACCCAGCAGUGCAGCAGGAAACUGAGGAGGAGACCAGAAAUGAGCUUUCUGCAGACAUUACCUACAAGUAUGAGGAGCUUCACUCCAGACCGUUCAUCACACCGGACUCUGACAUCCCGGACAACCUCCUGCACCUCUCACAUUCCUUUGGGUAUGACAGCAGGCGCAGGGGGAACCUGCAGCUGCUGGACGACAGCACUCUGAUGUUCAUUGCUGGAAACCUCCUGGUUCUGUUGAAUGUUUCCACCAGGGAGCAGAGAUACCUCCGCUCCUGCAGCGGAGGAGGAAUUGGCUCCAUCACGGCACACCCCAGCAAGGAGUACUUCACUGUAGCAGAGAAAGGAAACCUUCCCAACAUCAUAGUGUAUGAAUAUCCCUCAUUACAACUGCACCGUAUCCUCAGAGGCGGCACAGAGCGAGCAUACAGCUUCGUGGAUUUUAACCAAGACGGGAGCCUACUAGCCAGCGUUGGGGGCGAUCCUGACUACAUGCUGACAGUGUGGGACUGGAAGAAGGAGGAGGUGAUGCUGAGCUGCAAGGCUGUUUCUCAGGAGGUGUAUCGAGUCAGCUUCUCCCCGUACAACCCGGGACUGCUGACAUCAUCAGGAUCUCAUCACAUCAAGUUCUGGAAGAUGGCCAGCACAUACACAGGUCUUAAAUUGCAAGGGCUGAUGGGACAUUUUGGGAAAACUGCAGCUACAGACAUCGAAGGCUAUGUUGAACUACCUGAUGGAAAGGUGGUGUCCGGCACAGACUGGGGAAACUUGCUGGUGUGGGAUGGGAACGGCAUAAAGGUGGAGAUUUGCCGUAAGGAAGGGAGGAACUGCCACGCUGGAAAGGCCCAGCCGUUUGCCCUGGAGGAUGGUCAGCUGAUGACGAUCGGCUCUGAUGGAGUGGUCCGGGGCUGGGACUUUGAGGGCAUCAACACUGCCGACAGUAACAUCCUCAACAGCAUGUUUGAGAUGGAGCCCAUGAACGAGAUGGUGGUCGGACACAACGUGAGCCUCUCCUCUGUGGUGAGGAGCUCAACGCCGGACUGCUUCGUCUGGUUUGCUCAGGAUUCCAGUGGAGCUAUCUGGAAACUGGAUCUGUCAUUCACCUACACAACUCCGGAUCCAGAGUGCCUGUUCUCCUUCCACGCUGGGCCGAUUAAGGGCCUGGACGUGUCGAGGAAAUCUCACCUGAUGGCCACGACCGCUUUGGACCGUUCAAUUAAAGUUUUCGACUUCCUUGCAAAGAAAGAGCUGACCACAAGUCGCUUCAAUCAGGGAGGAACUGCCCUCAGCUGGGCUCCCACUUUGGUGAACCAGGGCGGGGGUUUACUGGUGACAGGGUUUGAGGACGGCGUGGUCCGGUUACUGGAGCUGUUCAACCCUCAGAGGCUUCAUCUGGCCAGCGGGCGCACUCUCAAAGGAGACGCAAAGCUGCGCCUCAAGCAGGCCUUCAAACCCCAUAAUGCACCCGUGACAGCUGUUGCAUAUGAACGAAAUGGAGAAAUCUUAGCUACCGGGAGCUCAGACUGCACCGUGUUCUUCUUCACUGUCGGGGAAAAAUACAACCCCAUUGGCUUUGUCAAGGUUCCUGGUCCGGUGCAGGCGCUGGAGUGGUCGCCUCACUCUCAUAGUGAAAACAGGCUGCUCAUCCUGUGCCAGAGUGGUCAUGUAGUGGAGCUGGACAGUCCUGAUCCUGAAGCCCAGAAGCCGGCUAAAACCUUCAAGCUGCCUGCUCUGCCCAGCAGAUGUUUCAGGUUCAGGAGCAUCAAAUCUCGGAUCAAGAGAGAGGAGGAAAUUGCAAGGCGUCAAGAAGUAAAGGAGAACAAGAGGAAAGAGAGGGAAAAGAGGCUGAAAGAGUCAAAUCAGCAGGAUGGAGGGCUAGAGGAGGAAGAAGAAGAAGAGGAAGAGUUGCCCCCUAUCUGCAUCCCCGACCCUCCAAGUACUCUCUGCUGUGGCUUCUACUCUCAGCCUGGACAGUUUUGGCUCUCUAUGGGAGGCUUUGAUGCAGGUUUCUUGUAUCACUGUAAGUUCUCUGAGAACCAGGACCAGGAUCCAGAACAGCAGCAGGAUGAACCUUUCAGUUUUCUGCCAAUCCAAAACGCAGAUGAAGACCCCAUCUGCUCCUUCACCUUCAGCUCCGACAGGCAGCUGCUGAUCUGUGGCAUGAACUCAGGCUUCAUCAGGGUUUACCCUCUGCAGCCGGGUGACCACAGCCUCACCUCCAUGCAGGCCUACUGGACCCUCAGCGUCCACGACAACCAGUACGGACACCUGAAGCACAUCUGCUGCAGCCACGACGACCACUUUGUGCUGACGGCGGGAGAUGAUGGAAAUAUCUUCUCCUUCAGUCUGCUUCCUUCAGAGGAGCUCCAGGAGAGUAUGCAGAAGAAGAGGGCCAAGGUUCCUUCUCCCAGGAGGGGUCUUGAGAAUGAGGCUGUAGCUCAGGACAUCGAAGACCCAGCAGCUUACAGCAUAGAGACGGCCAAACAGAAGCUGGAGAAGGACCGUCUACGUCGAGAGGCAGAGCUGAAGAUCGCUGCAAAGCGUAAAAAGCUCUCUGAGCUCCAGAAGAAAUUUAAACAGCUGACGAACAAAAUCCAGAGUCUGCCAGAGCAUUGUCGCUUAAAACCAUGGGAGCUGCAGCUGGACCAGCGCUUUACUGAGCAGGCAGAGAGGGUGAAGGCUCAGCGGGUGAGGGAGGUCAGGAAGCAGAUAAGCUGGGAGGAGGAGCGCUGCAGCAUCGCUCUCAGCAAGUUACAGGACUGGUUCAGGAGCUCUCUGGAAUCCACCAUGGUCACUGUGGUUGCAAUCCGCAGCGAACACAGAGUCUCCACCUACCGUCUACCGGCACUCACCAAGACUUCUACUAAACCCACAAAUCAGAGUGCAGCGAGCCAGCCUGAUGGAGACAGAAACGCUGCACCAGGUCGCAGGAGGUCCAGAGCUGAGCCUGCCAAGAACGGCAACAACUUAGAAGAGGAAGUCGUGCUGCGCCCCCCGGUGGCUCGUGCUGCAGGGAUAAAGCUGGCAGACCGGCAGGUCGAGAGGCUCCGAAAGGCUGCAGAGAAAGCAGAGCAAGCUCGAGCCAAGAUCGAGAAAAGGAAGCAGGAGUGGGCUCAGCUUUAUGAAGAGAAACCAGAUGAGAACUGUGAGGACCCAAAGGAUGUAAAGGCCAUCAGGGAGGCCAAAGAGAUCAUCGGAGACCUGAAGCUGAAGUCAGAUAAAGACUUCAUCGUGCCCAAACACCUGAGGAUGAACACAGAGAGGAAAAGAGCCGAGCUGAUGAGCCUGGAGGAAAAUAUCCAAAAGAGACAGACUGAGAUGAACCGACACAUUGUGGCUUUGAGGGACUCCAAAGUUCAUCUAUUGUCUCAGCUGCGUGCUCAGGCUGAACAGGUCACAAAUGUCCAGCAGCGUCUCCCAGCUCACCUCCAUCGCCCUCCGCCCUCCCUCAUCACCAUUCUGCCAGAGGAGACCCCCGAGAAGAGGAUGCAGUACAGCCAGGCCACGCUGGAGCGAUACCGUGUUCUGAGGGAGCAGAGGCUGAAAAGAAUGGAGCAGGAGGGAGACAUGGGUUUAAUCGAGCAGCUGGAUUAUGAGCUGGAAGAGAAGGAGAGGGAAGAAGGAAAGGCACUCCAACGGUUUGAUUCAUCAGUGAUCAAAGAAGAGGAGGAGACAACAGAGGAGGAAGAAGCAGAGAUGAGUGAGCUGGAGGAGGAGCUGAAGAGAGAGGAGGAGAUCAGACUGCUGCAUGAGCGCGAUUCCCUGCUGGAACAGAUGGAGAGCUCAGUGAGUCAGUUUGACGCUGAGCUUCAGCUGCUGCGUCACCAGAAGCUGCGUCUUGACUGGCAGCUGAAGAUGGCCGACCUCCGUCAGCUGACCCUGUACCAGGAGCUUCUGCUCAUGAAGGAGUUUGAGAAGAGGGAGGACAGCCUGGAGCAGAAACUCAACGCACGCGUCGAGGAGGAAAGCAGCAUCUCGUCGAAGCUGGAAGAGUCUAGUGAACAGCUGGAGCUGAAGCAGGCAGACUUGGCCCGGCUGCGGGAGAGAGAGAUGGCUCUGUUUGCUGCCUUUAAGGCCUCGCUGGGACAGGAGAAAAAGUUUGAAGAGUUUCUCACCAAAGUCUUCAAGAGGAAAGUCAAACGAGUGCCGAAAGAAGAAGAAGAGGAGAAGGAUAGUGAUGAAGACUGGGAUGAAGACUCAGAUGAGGAUGAAGAUGAUAGCAGCUCAGAGGAGGAAGAUGAUGUGGACUGCAGUGUUUGCCCUCCAGGCUGUGAGCCGGAGCUGUUUGAGAACACACUGCAGCUGCUUGAGCGUCGGCUGGACCUGUCUGAACUGAUGAAGGAGGAGAAGAAGAGUUUUGACGCUCUGAAGAAGGAGUAUGACUCCCUCUUCAACAAGGAGAAAUGUCUGAAGAGCGGUCGCACAGCAGCAGAGGGAGACAUCGAGUUAGUCUACAGGGAGAAACAGAAGAAAAUGAAUGAGCUGGAUGUGGUGGUUCCUCUCAGGCUGAACCAGAUUGAGUUUCUCACUGACGGCUCCGUGCCGUCUGACCUGAGCCCAGCUCUGGUUCUGGACAGGACAGAGCUGAAAAGGCUGGAGGAGCGAAUCGUGCAGCUGCAGCAGGAGAAGAGCCAGCAGAGAGAUCUGUACUGUGUGGCCCGCAAGCAGCACGUCAGGCUCCUCCAUGAGCGCAAGGACAUGAACACUAAGAUCUUGGUGCUGGAGGAGCAGUGCAACCAGCUGAUGAUGAUGAAGUACGGGGGGCAGGUGGAUCUUGAGGCUCUGCAGACGCUGUCAGGGGACAGGACGCUGGAGGAGCUCAAGCAGGAGAAACUCCUCAAGGAAGCUGCGUACGCCGAGGAGAUCAAAGAGUGGGAUGCAAAGGUAGAUGAGGCCCGUGAGACUCUGAUGCAUGUGACCAGGAAUGACACAGAGCUACUCCGCAGUAUGACGAGCCUCUUCAACCAGAAGAAGGAACUGGAGAAUAAACUCAAAGCCAGACAGAAGACGAUGGGCAGCCAGUUCCAGGACUACAGGAGGCGUGUGAUCCAGGGGGACAUCCAGUGGUUCAAGAAUGUGUUAAAAGUGCAGUCGCAGCAGGCCGAAGCCCUCAGGAGGGAAAUUUUCCUCCUGUCUCGUAAAGGAGGCAGCGGGCUGUCCUCCAACCAGGAUUGGCUGCCUCCUCUUGACCCCUAGUCCACGUCCACAAAACCACACUACAACAGAAGCUAUUUAACGAAGGACAGAGGUCAGAGGAAACAAAUACACUCACUAAAGCUGGCUCACUAAACGCACCUUCCUGCAAAUGUUUAUCCUAAAGAUUAAAAAGGACUGAAGCUGAUCGGCUGCCGAGAUUACUCCUAAUUCAGACUCAUAUGAAAUGAGGAGAGGGUUUGAUUUGUCGGAGACAUAGUAGAUACUAUAGUUAAUGUUAGUUAGUGUUGUUAGUUAAUGCUAGUUAAAGACAAUUCAAACUUAAAGUUAUGAGGACAUACUGUAGGAGCUUAGUGAUCAUUAAAGAGAUGAGGCACUCAGCUCAAUAUCAAGACACAAAGUGAAAAUUAAGAUCUGAGAAUUAAGGAUCAGAAUUAAAGAAUUUGAGGAAAGAAAAAAAUAAAACACAUCUAAAAGGAGAUAAAAACUCUACAGGGCCUGCAACAAAGAGGAAAACUUAGCCAAGGGGGACACCUGCUGGUCAAACAAAGACACAAAAAAAAGGUCCAAUGAGACAGGGGUGACGGAGCCAAAGUGGAGACAAAAGGAAUAAAAACAGGAAAGUGAUUUGGAUUUUUCCUCCUCGUGUGGUGACAUACAGACGCGCUGCAUUUCAAACGUAGGCGGACGCUGACCUAUCUAUCAGCAACACAUAAACCUACAAAGUAAAGGCUUGAUUUUAAAAGUUAAACUUGACUGGACAAACGGAUGGACGUGAAGAUACGUUUAAUUUGCUAUUUGAAAAUCUCAAUUUCUAAUUUGGCUUAAUUUUGAAGUAUCAGAGAUUGGGAAAGUCAGUUUUGCAGACCCCUUAUGAACAUGUGGGUAUAUUGUAUCUCUUGUCCAAUAUGCGAGUUGUGUUUUCUGACAGAAAGCGUCCUCCUCCUGUCCUGACAUCUCUCACUCUCUUUUUAUUCAUUGUGGAAAAUGUAAACGAGUGUUGUAAUGAAAAACAGAGGCUGUCACUGCAACAAGCUGUUAAUUACGUCAUCUGACACCAAUAGUGGUAAGAGGCAUGAAGAUUAAUGACAUGAAUGAAGUUGUUUCAUGAUGAGCUAAAAUCUCAUCACAGGGGCUUUAAGUCUGGGGGUUCUAAGCAUUUUGAAUGUUUUCAAUAAAUAGAAUAAUUAGACAUUAAAAUGCAGGUGAAAUGUGCAGAGUUAUAAUUUAGGACUAUCAAACAAAUAAACAUGACUGAUCUGAA